AUGAGAGAAGUUCAAUUGCAGAUCUUAUACGCUGAAGAUAAAAUGACUCAAUCGAUGACAGAUUCCUGGCAAAUAACGGUCAGUAAAAAAAGAAAACAAGUCUUAAAUAAUAUACCAACGGAAUGGAUACUUGAUUCAAAAACUAUUGCAAGAUUGAAGAGUGAUAAGACUGGACUAUCUCAUAAUAUUGACCAACUAUGUUCGCUUAAAGAAAACGCAAUAACUCAUUCCACGCUAUUGGAAUUGCAGGAAGGUAUUAGAAAUAACUCUCUUUCCUGUUUCGAGGUUACUAGUGCAUUUUGCCAUAGAGCUGCACUCAUUCACCAAGUGGUGAAUUGUCUCUCCGAAAUUAUGUUUACGGAAGCUCUGGAACAUUCCAAGAUUUUAGAUCAGAACAAGUAUGAAUAUUCAACUCUUCCACCGCUAUAUGGGAUUCCUAUUUCUUUAAAAGAUCAGUGUAAUGUGGAAGGUGUUGAUACCACAUUAGGAUACCUCUCAAGAGCGUUUAAGCCAAAAAAGAAGGAAGAUGAAUCAUUGAUAGUUUCUUUUUUGAGAGAUCUUGGUGCGAUAAUCUAUGUGAAAACUACAGUACCACCCUCUAUGAUGGCUACAGAAACAACUUCAAACACUUUUGGUUACACAUAUAACAGUUUCAACCAACAUUUUUCAGCUGGCGGAUCGUCUGGUGGCGAAGGAUCUUUGAUUGGUUGCUAUGGCUCAGUACUAGGUUUAGGAACUGAUAUUGGUGGGUCCAUUCGAAUUCCAGCUUCUUAUCAUGGUAUCUUUGGCUUUAAGCCAAGUACAGGAAAAGUUCCAUAUUUAAAAGUUGAUAAUUCAUGGGAAGGAAGAGAAAUAAUUACCAGCGUUAUUGGUCCGCUAGCUAGGAACAUUGAUGAUUUAAGAUAUUUUAUGUCUUUAAUAGUAAACAAUUGUAAACCGUGGAUUCAUGAUGUCAAGUGCAUGCCAUAUCAGUUUUCCUCAUUUGAAGAUUCUAAAUUGCCUGAUGGAUUGAAAGUUGGGAUUUGGUAUGGUGACGGUGUAGUCAAUCUUCCAAGUGGUGACAUGAGGGCGUUAUCCAAAUGUAAAGAGAUAAUUCAAAACAAUCAAAAGUUUAACGCUAGUAUUGUAAGAUGGGAACCUCCAACUGAUCUUUGUGAAGAAAUCUUUAAUUUGGCCAUGGAAGCUGAUCUUGCAGAUGGGGGAACUGAAAUUAAUAACGAAUUCAAGAUGACAGGUGAACCGUUACUGGAUAUUUUAAGACCUGUUGUACCAAAUGAUUCCCCUAAACCAUAUACCGUAAACGAAUGGUGGAAUUUAUGCAAACGGGUUUCAGAUGCCAAACAAAAAUUUAGAGACUUCCAUAAUAAUUUGCCGGUCGAAGUUCGACCAGAUGUCGUUAUCUGUCCAAGCACACUAAUGCCAUACAGACCUGGUGAUAUGCUCGAGACAACUUUGCGAUAUAUAUUGUUUGCUAAUCUUUUGAAUUUACCAUCGCUAUCUUUUCCUGCUGAUGCUAUGAUUGUGGAUGACAACCAUUCAAUGCCAGAUAUUAUAAAUGGACCCGAAGAUGCAAUGGUUCAGAAAAUGUGGAAUGAUUUGGUACUAAGCGGGGAUAUUGAAGGAUUCCCAUCGGGGUUACAAAUAAUUAGUCCGCUUUCUGAUAAUGAUGACUUAGUUUUGAGGUUUGGUUCAUGGCUAACCAAGCUUUUACAGGAAAGCUAG